UUAUUACCAUUAAAACAAAGUACAUGACUAAAAGCAAAUCCAGUCCCCUUUGCGUUCCAGAGUCAUUUGAGCAAGCUGCCUUGUGAGAAUGGAUGCUCUCCGAUUCUGGCAAGCUUACAACCAUGAAUGAGACACACUUGAACCGAAUCGUAAUCAACCUCUGACCAUGUUUUAGUGCGUGCAUUAUCAGUUCAGACGUGAACGGUGACACAGCAAACGGGUCCUGUAUCGUCUACGUCACUGAACCGGCACCGGCUUUACACCCUGGCUACACCUAAAUAAUUGCUGGGGAUCAUGGAGUGAGUUGAGGGUGCGAAAUAUGGCUCAAGUCAGAGAACAUUGGCCACUCCAUAAUCCUCUGCAUCGGCAAGAACAUUUAUUCAUCAUCACGAGGCAGCCUUUCAACGGAGAGUUAAAUCCCGAACACCUCUUAUCAACGACUCAUCAGGGUGAGAUAGCGUCGUCGAGUCACGUUAUCGAGCAUAAAGUGGAUAUUUGAGUUGUUGGCGCAAGCCGCCUUCCUAGCUUAGCCUGGUCCUUUGGUACCUUGCGUAUAGGUGACACGCAACGCUGCACUAACAGAUACACACGUAGCUACAGUGGCUAUCUGAUAGCAGAGCUCCCCGGCAACUGCCUGAAUCGCCCCUGCCGCUAGGAAGCGUAGCCGCUACGCGGGGCGUGUUGAGUGGUCAGCUGCGUUGCUCGGCGUCCCAUCUGAUGGAGGUCUCAGACGGUCUGGGGGAGCUUCCCCAGCCAUAUUACGUCGCUUGCCUGGCUUGCGCGUUUACUUCUCUCUCUUCCAUCAACAACAUCACUUUUCUUGUCCAACAACUCCUCCGCAUUCUCUAGUCUCAUCGCCAUCUUCAGCAAAAGCAGUCACUGAAGCCUGUUCAAACAGCAGACAAUGCGUUUGUCAACUUCCGCUCUCGUGCUGGGCGCUGCCUCUUCGGCCGUCGGCCUGCAAGAGCAGCAGGUUCUCGGCGGCGACUCCAAGCCUCUUGUCGAUAUCGACGUCAACGCCUGGACCAAGCCCCUCGAGAAGUUCUUUGGCGAGAUCUCAUCAGAGGCCAAGGCUGUCUGGGACGAGGUCACUCUUCUUGCCCCCGACGCUGUCGAGGCUUUCAAGAAGCAGGUCCUGACCCAGCCCAAGAAGGCCAACCGUCGGCCCGAUGCCCACUGGGAUCACAUCGUCAAGGGUGCUGAUGUCCAGUCCCUCUGGGUCGAGAAGAAUGGCGAGAAGCAUCGCGAGGUUGGCGGAAAACUCGACAACUUCAACCUCCGUGCCAAGAAAGUCGACCCUUCAAAGCUCGGUGUGGACAAGGUCAAGCAGUACAGUGGUUAUCUUGACAAUGAGGAGGAAGACAAGCACCUCUUCUACUGGUUCUUCGAGUCCCGUAACGACCCCAAGAACGACCCUGUUGUACUCUGGCUUAACGGUGGCCCUGGCUGCUCUUCCUUGACUGGCCUCUUCCUUGAGCUUGGACCUGCUUCCAUCAACAAGAAGAUCGAGCUCGUCAACAACCCCGAGUCCUGGAACAACAAUGCUUCCGUUAUCUUCCUUGAUCAGCCCGUCAACGUAGGCUACUCCUACAGCGGUGGUUCCGUCAGCAACACUGUUGCUGCCGGCAAGGACAUCUAUGCUCUCCUCACCCUGUUCUUCCACCAGUUCCCCGAGUAUGCUAAGCAGGACUUCCACAUUGCUGGCGAGUCCUAUGCUGGCCACUACAUCCCUGUCUUCGCCAACGAGAUUCUCUCUCACGAUGACCGUAACAUCAACCUCAAGAGUGUUCUCAUUGGCAACGGCCUUACUGAUGGCUACACCCAGUAUGCCUACUACCGCCCCAUGGCCUGCGGUGAGGGUGGCUACCCCUCUGUCCUUAGCGACAGCGAGUGUCAGUCCAUGGACAACGCUCUGCCCCGCUGCCAGUCUCUGAUCAAGGGUUGCUACGAGUCCGGCAGUGCCUGGUCUUGUGUCCCCGCCAGCAUCUACUGCAACAACGCCAUGAUGGGCCCCUACCAGCGCACCGGCCAGAAUGUCUACGACAUUCGAGGCAAGUGUGAGGAUAGCUCCAACCUCUGCUAUCCUGGUCUGGGUUACAUCGCCGACUACCUAAACCGCGAAGAGGUCAAGGAGGCUCUUGGUGUUGAGGUCAGCAGCUACGACAGCUGCAACAUGGACAUCAACCGAAACUUCCUCUUUGCUGGCGACUGGAUGCAGCCUUACCACCAGCUCGUCCCCAACGUUCUUGACAAGAUCCCCGUUCUCAUCUAUGCUGGUGAUGCCGACUUUAUCUGCAACUGGCUCGGUAACCAGGCAUGGACCGACAAGCUUCAGUGGUCUGGCCAGAAGGAUUUCAGCCACGCCAAGAUCAAGAACCUCGAGCACGACGGCAAGGAGUACGGCAAGGUCAAGUCUAGCGGUAACUUUACCUUCAUGCAGAUCUAUGGUGCUGGCCACAUGGUGCCCAUGGACCAGCCUGAGGCUUCCUCUGACUUCUUCAACCGUUGGCUAAGCGGAGAGUGGUUCUAAGCCGGAUCACUCUUGUAUGAGGUGUUUGGAUGUACACUAAAUGAGAGAUUGCCAAGACUGACUUUUGAAUACGCGAACAAGGACGGCAUUGCAUGAUUAUGGGAAUGGUUAUUAGCUACAGACAGAUACGAAUUUACCAUGUUUUACAAUAAUGAAAGAUAAUGUGAGGUGCCUUUGUGUUGGUCGCAUGAUUAUCAAUGUCGUAGUACUGUGGAUGGCAAGCUGCAUCCCUGGCCAUGCUGGCCAUGCGUACCUGACAUGAAUGCUACCGAGUGUACGGACGAGGGAAAUCGGUAUUAUGUAACAUCAGGAGACUUCCAAGUCCGACGGAGCCAGAUCGAUCUCCACUCCGGCCGAGUGACGGAAGAUGAAUCCACAAUUACCGAGACAAUCCGGUUCCUACUGACAAGACGAACUUGUUCGCAUGAAGAGAAAAAGGACAGAGACAUGGGAUUGAAUGAAUAUCAACAGGAAAAACCCGAAAGACUUAUAUGCUGCUUAUUUUUGUAUGACAAUCAACUUGACAAAUCUAACUACCAACGGCUUGUCAAUGUCAACUCCGUGCCGGGUGGACGGCGGCCGGGCAGCGGGAUGAAGUCAAGUUUCCACCAUGUACAAAACAGACACGGACUGAGUGCGAGAAAGAACAAGAUGACUGGGGCGGAUACGGAGUACCCUCUGACGAGAGACAGCAGACGUCGAACAGCGGAGGAGGCGCCGGGAAGAGGGUAAAGAUGCGCGGGCCAAGAGGCGAAUGGAUGGCGCAGAAACAAGGAGCUUCGAUGCGUAUGGAUAUUGUAGAUUUGUUGAGGAUCCUGGGGUUUGGUUUUCGGACAGCCGCGGGACGACGGUGGAGAGAACCUGAGAAGACGAUAUUUUCCUUCUCCAGCCCCUGUAGGUUUGACAGGUGAUAGAGAAGGACAAAUUUGUGUGAUUGUGUAUUUCUCUCGUGGCAGUCCUUUAUGACAGCAAGGAGAUAUAUAUCAAACAUAGCACUUAUGAGAUACAGGAGGCUCAAUAAUUCAGGAACGGCACUAACAAUGUGUGGCCAAAUUCUC